AUGGCCAACGAAGAAGAAGACCUUGUCGUUAUCAGGCGUCAAAUUCUAGCUGAAACCAAUCUCAAACAUGUGCAGGCUCCUGGCAUUUGGAGAAAUCCGAGAAGCGAUAACUACCAUGGCUGCAUCGGUCGAUUAACAAGCGAAACAAGAAAUCGAAGUGCUCCUACGAAUGGUUACAUCCUGGUUCAGGCAAAUGGUGGGUUGAACCAAAUGAAAAUGGGGAUAAGUGACAUGGUGGCGAUUGCGAAACUGAUGCAUGCUACGUUGGUUCUUCCAACUUUAGAUCACAAGUCGUUUUGGACUGAUCCGAGUGAUUUUAAAGAUAUAUUCGACGUCAAGCAGUUCAUGGCAACGCUCCAAGAUGACAUCGAGAUAGUAGAGUCGCUUCCACCAGACGUAGCAGGAGUGACACCCGAAGAAAAGGAUCCGAUUUCUUGGUCAAAGGCACGUACUUAUUACGAAGGUGAGAUUCUUCCGCUGUUGACGCGACAGAAAGUGGUUAAGUUUCUCCACACCGAUUCGCGGCUGGCUAACAAUGGCAUCCCAGAUUCCAUCCAAAAGCUCAGGUGCCGAACCAUGUAUGAGGCCCUAAAAUGCACAAAGGAAAUCAACGAGCUUGGAAGAAAGCUGGUCAACAGACUUAAGCAAAACAAUGAGCACUAUCUUGCUCUCCAUUUGAGAUUUGAAAAGGAUAUGCUAGCUUUCACAGGCUGCACUCAUGGGCUUUCCGAAAAGGAAGCAGACGAGCUUAAAGCGUUGAGGUACAGCGUAAAGCGUUGGAAGGUUAAAAAGAUAAAAAGCAGGCGAAACAGGCAACAAGGGAAUUGCCCGUUGACGCCUAGAGAGUCCGCUAUAUUUCUACAGGCGUUGGGAUUUCCUUCGAGUACGAAGAUCUAUAUAGUGGCGGGUGAGAUCUAUGGAGAACACGGACUCGAUGAUUUUAAAGAGAAAUAUCCGAACGUAUACACGCACUCGACUUUGGCAACCGAGGAUGAGUUGAAGCCUUUUAAAAGAUUUCAUAACCAGCUUGCAGCAUUGGAUUAUACACUAGCACUUGCGAGUGAUGUUUUUGUAUACACCUAUGACGGAAACAUGGCUAAGGCUAUCCAAGGCCAUCGGAUGUUCAGAGGCUUUCAGAAAACCAUUUAUCCCGAUAAAAGAAAUUUUGUGAGGAUGUUGGAUGAACUUGACAGAAGGAACUUGAGUUGGGAAGAUUUCUCAUCAGAGGUUAAGAACCUGCAUGCAAAUAGAACAAGCAGGCCGCGACGGAGAGUAGGUGGAGUGAAGCCAAAACACGAAGAGAACUUCUAUGCAAAUCCAUUCCCUGGUUGCAUAUGCGAGAAUAGAUAG